ACAGGUUUUUGUUGUGCUUAUCAGUGUAUGGAAAGUAAAGCACAGACUAUACCAAGAUGUGACAUGUCGGAAAAUCAGAAAAAUCUGACACCCAGAAUGUCCCGGAGUGUCGCAUGGCGUCGUACAUGCAAUGAUGCAGUGUUUUGGCGACAAUGUCAGGCACUGAACGCUACUAUCUAUAUUCUGAGGGAGACCGGUCCAACUGGCUUCCUGCUUAAAGAGGAGGGCGAAGCCAAACCAGUCAAGGUUUUCCUUGGUGAUCCUCACUCAUGCACCUGUUCGACUUUUAUGAAGGACAGAGAUCUUUGUAAACAUAUUUGUUGGCUGAUUCUGAAGAAGUUCCGAGUGGCCCAAAAUAAUCCAGUCACAUGGCAACUGGGCCUCGUAGAAAGGGAAAUCAAUGACAUUCUUUUUGGUGCAACUGUCAAACAGCGAAAAACUCCUGUGAGGCGAUGGGCAACAUCUGGGCCUCCUGGCACAACUGGGUACACAGCUGAUGGACGGCCCACAAUUCAACAGAGGGAAAUCGGAGAUGAUGAUUGCUGUCCGAUAUGUCAAGAUGAACUCCUACAAAAACACCAGCCUGUCACCUACUGCAAGUUUGGAUGUGGUAACAGUAUCCACAUCAAAUGUAUGAAGAUCUGGGCUGACCACCAGAAAACAUCCGGAGAGAAGACCAUCAAAUGUCCAUUCUGUCGGGAGGAUUUUGGCCCCAUAGAACUCCUAAAACAGGAGAGUCGUAACGCCAUGGGGGUUCCCGCAGGGGGACGAAUGGACCGUCACCUCAAUACAAAAUGUCAGAGCUGUCAUAUGACACCAAUUGAAGGAAAAUGCUACAGAUGCACAGCUUGUUCAGACUUUCAUCUUUGCCAGUCUUGUUUCAACACUUCCAUUCAUACUAGCCAUCCAUUCGAAUACAGACAUAAGAGAAAUCAAAGAUGGCGCCCUGCUCAGAGGACAUAUGGUGCAGUUUUACCAGAGGCUGUUGCUAAUGACCUGCUUAAUCGUGAAUUCACUGAGUCUGACUAUGAACUGCUGACUCAGCUAGACAGCAAUGCCAAUCAACAGCAGAGUGACAUCCCAGAGGCAGUGGUCAAUAAGUUCCCAAUAGAGAAAGUCCGAGAGAGGGGGGCCUUGUUAGCUCCAGGAAUACAGUGCAGAAUCUGUCUCCGGGGCUAUGAGGUCAACCAGUUUGUCAGAAAAUUGCCCACGUGUAAACACAAGUUCCACAAGGACUGUAUAGAUAAUUGGCUACUUCAUUCACAUCCAACAUGUCCAGUCGAUGGUCAGGUGGUUUGGGACCCAGUCACUGCUCAGCUGGAGGCAGAAGAACAGGCUCAGAGGAACAGUGAAAGAUCUUCUGCUGCAUCAAAGACAACAGCGCCCUCUGGGAUCCGAGGAAAUGAUGUGAGUGAACUCAGUAUACCAGGAGUGGGUUUAGUGAGAGUGGACAACACACCUGUAGAGAGAAGCUUAAAGGGGAGGAAAGUGGCACAGAAAGGUCGUCUACAGGGGCGUGUAACAGAAGAGCCAUCGGCAGAUACACUGAGAGCCAGUUUUACUUUGAAUGGGAUGUCGGUUGGUUCUAAUGGAGGUGAUGGGGCAGAGAAUGUGUCUGCCACUGCUGGUUCCUCAAUGCCUGGUGGUCGUUUGCUGGGCCGUUUACAACAUCGAAAAUCGUCACUCAAUCAGCGUCUGCAAGAAUUAAGUACCCAAUCGGAUGAACAGCAGAGCACUGAGGAUGCAGAUAUUCAGUCCCAGUCCUCCGAGCACUUUGCAGGUCAGAAUCUUCGCAGGCAAAAAUCUCUUCGCAGACGAUUUCUAUCAGAUGAACUGUCUGAAGUUGGUGACUCGAAAGAGAUUCAAUCAGAAGCUGUGAUAGAAUUACCUUUGGGUCAUAAAAAUGGCCGUGCUGCAACACAUGCUGCAAUCAAAAAUACUUUAGCAUUGUUACAAGCAGAAAAAUUGACUAAUAAAUCAGUGUCUAGAACUCCUGAUUCAGGACGAUCCUCUCGAUCACCUGGUGCGAGAUCAUUACUUCAUAGUAGACCAUCUGAGCUUCCCUCUCCUAAUAGAGAAUUACCUCCAUUAAUUGAAUCAGAUGAAACUAAUCCUAAUGCAGACAUUGACACAAUGUCCACUACCACAAGUCUGGGGGCGAGUAGUUAUCGUAGUGGAAAACGCCGACUUUUCAAACGAGUCCCCAAAGUAAACACUGAAGCAGAUGUAAAUGAUUUUGAUGUCUUGUUAACGUCUUACCGUUCAUCUCCAGAUUCGAGGGCAAGUCUCACGGGAUCCCACACAAGCCUGAGCAGUAUACGCUCAACUCGCCUUGCAAAUGGGAUUAUUCUUGCUGAGGCACAGGAUUCGGGUCCUGAGGGUGGUUCCUCCCGGGGUCACUCUGGUGGCUCUAGGGUGGGUCUUCCCCCCAGGGCUCCACGACUGUCAGAACAUGAACGUCAUUUGAGGAGAGGACCACCAAACCAGGAAGCUGGCCAAUCAGGAAGUGAGAACGACCAGGAAGGGAACCAAUUAAUAGAGAGACUACAGCUCUUUACGGACUUGUACCUGGGCAACAGUCCCAGCGCCCCCUCAGAUCAUAAUGGGAGACAACCCAGAGUGUUGCGACGUCAGAUCAGUAACCCAACGGCUGUUCAGCAGCGGAAGCGAGAAAAUGAAAUCCGUCGAAGGAGGACAAAUGAGUUUGGACUGGAGGGAACAAGUGCUUACAAGAACCUGACACUGCGGGACAUUAUUCAUUAAUCGUUAGUUAAUUAAAAGAUCUUUAGAGAUGCUAUCCAGGAGGACAUUUUCUGAUGAAUUUGAUUGUUUUAGAGUUAUUCUUGUUUCAGAGUCGUCCAUUAAGUCAUGUGUUACCCUUGUACUACAGAAAAGUGAUUUAUUUUCAUGAACUUGUACAUACAGUUGAAGUAUAUAUUGUACAUGAACACAAGCAUAUCUCUCCAGGUAGCAGUUUUGAAGAUUUUUAAAAAAAAAAUUUUUUAUCUUUAUAUAUAUGCAUAUACAUGUAUAUCUAUAUCUAUCUAUCUAUCUAUCUAUAUAUAAUAUUAUAUAGGUGGGUUGUUCUUGGAAUCCAAUGAUGUUUUGUUAGGCCCUUUCAUCGUGCACUUUCCUGCAGUGGAAAGAACAUGUAUCUUUAUGCUGCUUAUUAUUUGCUCAAAGACCUGUUUUCACUGAUGUGCCAAAUGCUUAUUUUCUCACAUAUUUAUUUCAAAUGAUCGUCAUAUAUAUAAUUAUACUAUUCAUUGGAACUAUUGUGUGCUGUGAUAAUUUAUGACUCAUGACCUUUCUAUUGUGGCGCUUUGGGGUGAAAAGUUUGCAAUUUAUUAGAGGUUGUUUUAAAAUACAGAAUCAGUAUUCUAUAACAGAUGCAAUAUAUGAUUUUACACAUUUAGUGAUAUUUAUGUACUUAAUGAUGUUAAAUAUUUUUAAAAAAAAACAAUAUAUAAAUAUUGCAUGUGGUUGAGGGUAACAUUGAAAAUUUUCACCCCGAGAAAACCAUUGUCAACCGAGGCGUAGCCGAGGUUGACAAUGCUUUCUCGAGGGGUGAAAAUUUCAAUGUUACCCUCAACUACAUGCAAUAUUUGUUUUAUUAUACUGAAUGUUAUGUAAACUGGAAAGCAGAAAAACUUACGUCUGUUGACAUUUGAUCAAUAACUGUCAUGCGAUUAUUUCGUAUUUCGAUGCGGGUACUCGCGUUUAUUACAAACGCUCAAACGACGUCGUCUAACAAUCUACGGCGAACCGUACGCGCAUAAAUUUGACGCAUGUGAUAAUUUUUUAUAAUAUCACCCGUUGUCAAGUACUGUUACCCGUUGCUAGAUACUAUCACCCUGGGGCGCGUGUUUUUUGUUCUCAGAGGGUAACAAUAUGUUUUUUUCAAAUGCUUCUCGACCAAUCAGGUUCGAGUAUUUUACAUGAAAGUAUAAUAAUCUGUGAUGCCAACCAACAUACAUGUGAUUACAUACCAUAUCAUACAACGUCCGGCUUUUUCACUUGUGUUAAUUCUUUGUCUUUCAGAGUGGACAUUCUAAAUGUCUUUCAGAGAGAGAGAGGGGGGGGGGGGAGAAAGAGAGACUUAAUAAUAUGUUAUUGUUUGAUGGGAUGUCAUAUUUGUUGAUGAAAAGGUGAAAUGGGUUAUCAAUUGAUGUUGAUGAAAUUUUUUUGUGUGAAUUAUAUAUUAAAAGGUAUUAGUAUUUCA